AUGUCCUCUCAAGAAUCACCUUUUGUUGGAUGUCGGAUCCGAAUAAUCUCGAAGGCGAAGAUUCGAUAUGAAGGCUUUUUGCACUCCAUUGAUACUGACGCCCCUGACGAUCCAGUAAUAACACUGUCGAAAGUUUGGUCUUUCGGAACCGAGGAUCGCCCUAGCGAGCGUUUUGUCGGUCCCAGGAAUGAAGUUUAUGAGCAGAUAGUCUUCCGCGGACGAGACCUAGAGGAUGUCCGUGUUUUGCAGUCUUCCGUAUUUUUAAACGAAGAUCCUUCAAUAGUCAGUGCAGUCCCAGGGUCCGGCGGGUUUUCAGCGACGAAGCCUCGAGAAGAGAACGACGCCCCAGACCCCUGGUCUGUCACCCCCUUUGGAGAUGUGAAAAAACCUGAGAUACCACCGGAUUUUGCUAGACCUCAAUACGAUGGGCACGAAGAAGCUAGGCGUGACAACCGUUUUCGGCGAGGGGGCGGCCGUCCGGCUGGUCAACCCCGCGGUGGCGGACGUCAGCGCUUCAGGCCAUGGGAUGAAGGUGUUCGCGAACCCUUAUCGAAGGAGUUCGAGGGAGAGUAUGAUAUUGAAAAGGCAAACGCUGAGCUUGCGGAGGAACUGGAAAAAAUCGAAAUAUCAUCGGGGAAUGCAAAUGGGUCUACUUCCGGGCCCUUGGAAGAAACUGAGACGGAAGAAAAGGUUUGCUACGACAGUAAGAAAUCCUUCUUCGACACACUCAGUUCUGAACUAAUGGAUAGAGCCCAGGGGUAA